AUGGGCACACGUGUUCCACCACCUUGCCCCACACCAUUACACUGCGAUCAGGCUACUAUGGCUGGCCUGCCACAGCUCAUCACCGACUUGCAACGUCUGUCCGAGGAUCAGGAGAGCGCCGAUUUGGUAUUCAUUUGCGGACGUGAGGAGGAACGUAUUUAUGCUCAUCGCAUAUUGUUGAUGGCACGCUGCAAGAGCUUUAAAACGGCUAAGCGCGGCGAAAUCUGUCGCAUACCCGGCUGUUCUGUGUCACCAGCAGCGCCCGGUACACCCACGCCUGUGCGACUGCCGCAUGUCAAUCCGGAUGUAUUCCGCCAAUUCAUCGUGUAUGUCUACACAGCGAAGAUUAUGCUGCAAGAUUCACGAGUUUUCGAGAUGAUGACACUCGCGCAAGAUAUGGGCGUGGAAGAAUUGCGUGCGGCAUGUGAAGAUCAUGUAAUUUCAACAUUGUCAGUAGACAAUGCAUGCACAUUUCUCACUUCCGUCAUGGAGAUACACGAAAAAGCAGGAGCAAAAUGCGCCGCUUCCUUUAUGGAACGCUGCAUUAUCUACAUUGGCGAGAAUGCCAGUGAGUGUGCUAAGACUAAUGCUUUUCUCAACUUAACCAAGGAUGCAUUAGUAAAACUAAUAUCUUCUGAUUAUUUUUGCCUCGAAGAGGAGGAUGUUUGGCGUUGUGUGCUCGCCUGGGCUAAGAAUCAAGCUGGUGUCACACAACCUACCGCACAUUGGACGGAAGAGGAACGUGCGCGCGUUUGCCAGCAUCUAUCUGGUGUAAUGUGUCACGUGCGUUUGUUGCUAAUCGAUAGUCAAGUAUUUGCCGAAGAGGUAGAACCCACCGGUGCUGUGCCUAUGGAAUUGUCGUUGGAACGUUAUCGUUAUGCAGCUUUACACUCGAAUAAGGGAGGUGGUGGUGUCGGUGGUGGACAAAUGUUGCCCUCCAUACCGGGCAUGACCGAAGAUGAUAAACGAUUACAGCCGCGCUUGACAGUCAACAUGUUUCCCGGUUCGCAGUUGUUGCGCAAUGAUAAAUUACAUUUACAAAGUGUGCUAAAUGGAUGGUAUGGUAUGCCCAAACAAUCAUGGCGUUUGGUAUUCCGCGCAUCAACGCAUGGUUAUUCUUCAAGCGCUUUUCAUCGCUACUGUGAUGGCGUAGCACCCUGUUUCGUUAUUGGCAUUGGCUCACGUGGUGAACUAAGUGGUGGCUACACUGAUGUUGCUUGGGCUAAAACGAGUCGUAAAGGCGGUUACAUACAUUCUGAGCGCGCUUUUCUAUUCGCGCUUAAUCCCGCUGGCGGUGAUCCACCGGUGAAGUUCGAUAUUAUCAAAAAACCCUAUGCAAUCUGCUAUCAUCCUGAUUGCGGUCCAAUUUUUGGUGCUGGCGCCGAUUUACUUAUUGCCAACAAUUGUAAUACUAAUAUGGAUUCCUAUUCAAAUUUGCCGCACUCAUAUGAUGGUCCAAAUGCCGCCUAUUUGACACUCUUUGGUGAUUACAAUUUUACGGUUGUCGACUAUGAAGUUUACACGUUGGUCACAAAUACAACAGCUGCUGGUGGUGUGGGCGGCAGUAGCACAGGAAAUAAUGGCAACAAUAGCGUUUCGGGCAAUAACGCUAGCAACAACAAUAAUAAUAACACAUCCUAUAGUAAUACUGGCAAUAACAAUAAUAACGGCAAUUUGUCAGCAAAUGUUGUUGGCGGUGGCAAUGCUGCAGGUGUCGGAGGAAACAGCAGUGGUAGUGGCGGCGCUGCCAGCGGCGGCUUGCACAAACCAAAAUAUGAGAGAUAUUGAUUGUUUCGUGUCUACGCAAUUUGUUUUUGUGUACUUAUGUAUGCUUUUAUUAGUAUUUCUUUGUAUUUAAGUACCAUUUGUGCCUUAAAAUAAUUUUGCUAACUUUUAUAGUUUUUUUUAGCGUAUGGUAUAAUGCGUGAUUUUGUAUUAGUUAAGUAAUUUUGCUAUAAAACAUUUGAUUUCCUA